AUGCAUGAAAUUAUUAUAUACAAAGUUAUUAUAAUAGAUAAAGUCAGGAGCUGGGAAACUGGAAAGAAGCUCAUCAAAUUAAAGGAGCUAGCCAAGUACUCGAAACCACUUGGAGAUUCAUCAGAAAGUUUAUCGAGAGUUCAGAAGGCGUUGGAACGAAAGAAGGAAUUGUUGGAUUUUGUUGAAAAUGGAAAUGUAGUUGAGGAGGCUGUUGAACAAUUGUUUGUGCUUUCCCAACAAUUUGAAGUCAGGAAAGAUUGGUCCGGAUUUGAUGAGUUGAGUUCGCAAAUCAUUGUUCAGCUGGAUAAGAUUCAAAAAUGGGCUGAUGGAUUGGUGAAGUCAGAAGAGCUGAACUCGUAUGGGCCAACUCUCGAGAAGCUAGCUGGAUUGGGAGAUGUUGAAUUGGCGAUGGAUCGGAGACUCAUUGCUUUGGACUCUCUUGUAAAAUUUCUGAAAAUGACGUCGCUGACUAGUCAAACCGAUGAAGUGGAAAAAUUCAAGAAGAUGAUAACCCCACUGGAGUCUCUCAACCUUCACUUCUCGAAAUUUGAUGCUUCCCUGUCACAAAUGUCUUCAACUCUAGCUGGACUUCAAAACUCUGAUGAAACCGCUGGAAACCACACAACGAUGGCUACUGCACCAGUUGACGAAAAAUCAACAUUUGAGUGA